UGGUAUGUAUCAUGCUAUAUAUAUGUACACCGUGCUGUGGAGUUAGCUUAUCCAACAGCUACUGCCCAGCAGCGCUCAGAAUUUGCUAGAGAGUGUCGUCUGUGAAAUAAAAGUGGAAAACCCAGGGAAAUUAAUAGCACUUGUUUUGGCUUUCCCUUUCCCCUGAAGAUGAUAUGGGUGGGGUAUUUUCACACGCCAAGUCUAAUCAGAGAGGUUAUAGCCGUGGUAGGAGCAGCGGAAAUAGUAACAUAGUUACAAGAGGAAUAUCUUCACCUUCGUCUUCGACCUCGUAUCCGUAUCCGCAUCAUCCUAGAAUAAUGUCCAAGGAGCCAUCAUCGUCACUGAGUAAUACUGCUAGAGCCACUGGUAGUGAUACUAGCAGUCAAGCAAAGGGAACCAGUCAAGCAAAGGGUGGUUCCAAAUUGGAGAAGAAGCAAUCCAUCAAGCAGAAAUAUAGUUUCAUCCCUGAUAAUUUUUCUUCCCUAGAACAGGUUACGACAGCCUUGAGGGAAGCUGGACUGGAAUCAUCGAAUCUCGUUGUUGGAAUUGAUUUCACUAAAAGCAAUGAAUGGACAGGCAAAGUCUCGUUCAAUAAUCGUAGCCUUCAUGCCAUCGGAGACACACCUAAUCCAUAUGAGAAAGCCAUCUCUAUUAUUGGAAAGACGAUGGCUCCUUUUGAUGAAGACAACUUAAUUCCUUGUUUUGGCUUUGGUGAUGCCACCACUCAUGAUCAAGAGGUGUUUAGCUUUCACAGUGAUCAUUCACCUUGCCAUGGUUUUGAAGAAGUCUUGGCAUGCUACAAAAAGAUUGUUCCAAACUUGCGACUUUCAGGGCCGACUUCGUAUGGACCGGUGAUUGAGGCUGCAAUUGACAUUGUGGAAAAAAGUGGAGGCCAAUAUCAUGUAUUGCUCAUCAUUGCAGAUGGCCAGGUCACAAGAAGUGUGGAUACAGGCGAUGGAGAAAUGAGUCCACAAGAAGAGCAAACAAUCAAGGCAAUUGUCGAUGCAAGUUCAUACCCACUUUCGAUAAUUCUUGUUGGAGUUGGUGAUGGACCUUGGGAAGACAUGAAAAGAUUUGAUGACAAACUCCCAGCACGUGAAUUUGACAAUUUUCAGUUCGUUAAUUUCACUGCAAUUAUGUCAAAAAAUGCAACCAUCUCCGAGAAAGAAACAGCUUUUGCUCUAGCCGCUCUGAUGGAGAUUCCCCUCCAGUAUAAAGCAGCUGUUGAGUUUGGUAUUAUCGGACGUUCCAUGGGACAAGCAAAGAAAAUCGUACCACGCCCUCCUCCAGUUCCUUAUUCUCGUCGUCCAGUGCUAGAUCGUGAACCAACCCAUGUUUCUUCUCCGGUCUUGGAUGAAAGAACCCAGGCCUGCCCUAUUUGUCUGACUAAUAGAAAGGACUUGGCCUUCGGCUGUGGGCACAUGACUUGUAGAGACUGUGGAUCUAGAGUAUCCAGUUGCCCUAUAUGCCGCCGGCCAAUCACCAGCCGUAUCAGGCUGUUUGCUUAACGACUGGAUCAAGGGAAUUGUAUCUUGAACUGUACAUGUGGUUCUCUUGCUUUCUUUUAGUGCGUGUUUGUGUGUAUGCGCAUGAGCGUGUGUUUGAGUGUGAAGGCAGAGUCAGAUUUCUUCGCUCUGUAUCUUGUUCUGUUUCUAAAGUUGAUGCAGAACUUAUUUUAACGGUUGAGAAUGAUGUAUAUUUGCUAUGCUGCAAAAUUUAGCUUGUGGAAUCA